AUGUCGACUUCAGACUCUGAUUCAUGCGCCUCCUCCGUGGACUCUACACUUGAUUGCAUCUCUCGCUCGACCUCUAAUUCGAGUGCGACAUCUGUCGCAUCACAGGAGCACCCGAUUGUUCUUGAGUGGGCGAAAUGGGAGGAUCGCCUCUUUGAGGAUGUGCCCCCUCCACCUGAGGAUCUUUUCGACAAUUCGGUUGACUAUGCCACGCGUCAAGCCCGUCAGAAGGCAUAUCAAGCGAAGGUUGACGCUGCGAUGAAGGACGUCCUUGAGGAGUACAAGAAGUGGUGGGCGGAUAAUGAUGAAGCAAUUUGUGCGUACUGGGUCUUCAUAGCUUUGGAUUAUUCUGUGAUUUCUGAUGGUUGA